AUGAAGAUGGCUGCACCUAAAAACUCCAUCCCUUCCUUAGCCGAAUGUCAGUGCGGGAUCUGUAUGGAAAUCCUCCUAGAGCCUGUAACUCUGCCUUGCAACCACACGCUCUGUAAUCCAUGCUUUCAAUCGACCGUUGAAAAGGCCAAUCUAUGCUGUCCCUUCUGUCGCCGCCGAGUCUCUUCGUGGACUCGGUACCAUACCCGAAGAAAUUCUCUGAUCAAUGCAGACCUCUGGGAAAUUAUUCAGAAACACUACGCAAAGGAAUGCAAGCUUAGAAUCUCUGGACAAGAAUCAAAGGAAAUCAUUGAUGAGUACCAGCCAGUUCGUCUGCUCAGUAAACCUGGGGAGCUGAGGCGUGAAUAUGAAGAGGAGAUAAGCAAGGUGGAGGCUGAGCGACAAGCCAGCAAGGAAGAAGAAAACAAAGCCAGUGAGGAAUACAUCCAGCGGUUGUUGGCUGAGGAGGAGGAGGAGGAGAAGAGACAGACAGAGAAAAGAAGAAGUGAGCUGGAGGAGCAACUGAGAGGCGACGAGGAGCUGGCCAGGAGGCUGAGCAACAGCUUUAACAGUAACUACGAGAGAAAUAUCUUGGCUUCUCCUUUGAGUUCCAGAAAAUCAGAUCCAGUCACAAACAAGUCACAGAAGAAAAAUAUAAACAAACAAAAAAGCUUCGGAGAUAUUCAAAAGUAUUUGUCACCUAAGUCGAAGCCUGGGACGGCUUGGGCCUGUGAUGCUGUGCUUGGAGGAGACAGCCGAGAGGCUAAGGAAACUGACAGUAGUGACAUGAAGAGCCCUGUGUUGCAAGAUGCGGAAAUUGAAAACAGUAUGCCAACACUUCCUCCUCGGAUCUGCCUAGAAACUCAAGAACAAGGUUCAGAGUCUUCUGCAGAGUUACCUGUAGGAGACACUGAACAGUGCCUUGAGGGAAAAGUUGAAACAGUAUCAACCAAUCCUGAUGAUUUAUUUAUUGUAAAUGAUGAUGGACCUAGAGCCACAGUUCCUUACUCUAAUGAAGCUGCGGUUAACCUUUCUAGAAAAAUAGAGAAUGAAGAGUACUCUGUGUCAGGUGUCACCCAGUUAACUGGGGGCAGCAGAGCUCCAACGGAGAGUAGAGUGUAUCACUUACCAGUAGAAAAAGAGAUUUCCGAAAGCGAAAGCCAGGAGUCUGUGUUUGAAGAAGUAUUGGAUCCAUGCUUUUCUGCAAAAAGAAGGAAAAUACUCUUCAAAUCUUCCUCAGGUGAAGAAGAAACAGAAGUGAAUUUCACACAGAAACUGAUAGAUUUGGAGCACAUGCUUUUUGAGAGACAUAAGCAAGAAGAGCAGGACCGAUUGUUAGCAUUACAGCUGCAGAAAGAGGCAGACAGAGAGCAGAUGAUGCCUAACCGGCAGAAAGGCUCCCCAGAUCAGUACCAGCUGCGCACAUCUUCACCCCCAGACAGGCUGCUGGGUAGACAGAAGAAGAACGCCACAGAUAGGAACUCCCUAAAGCAAACUAAUGCAGAGCAUUCAAAAUCUAAGAAGAGCACAAAAGGUGAAUAUUGGGAACCCUUUAAAAAUGCAUGGAAGGAUUCAGUUAAUGGAACAAAGGUGCCAACUUGUACUAAAGAUAAUUGUAAUGUAUCUAAAAGUGCCUGUCCCCUACAGCGUAGAAAUUCACAGAAAAGCAUUCUUCAGAUGUUUCAGAGCUAGCCAAGCAAAGCAUGGGGAAAGAGAUGUAUAUACAGUAAAGCCGUGCUGCAAAGCCAGCUCUUCUGUUGUAGCACCCUGAGCUGUGCCACUAGGUUCUGCUCAGCAAGCACACUCACUGUCUUUGAGGUGUGGUUACAACAAAGGAAUGGACAAAUGUGUUUCUGCAAAAGUCAGGGAGAAGGAAACAUCCUUGAGAACUAUUUCCAUUGUCAAUAACUGCUGUGUUCCAAGUGUGACAUCUUUACAGGUAUAAAAACACCGUGGUCAGGAUCUUCAGUUGCCAUUUCCCUUUCCAAAGCUUGUAUGGCCUUUUUCUUUUUUAAUGAAUGGGUAAGGAAUCCGCACAGGUAUCUUCCAUAACACUAAUCAGUUCCCAUCCUAGUUUUAAUUCUAAGCAUGUUAUCAUUUCCUUUGAUUUAAAAUGGCUUAGUAUCAACAUCAGUUACAGAAAAGCUGCUAGAUUGUUAAUGCAAGGGUUUAAGAGUGGGUGGGCUGAGUGGUGGAUUGGUAGGUAGGGGAAUCCCUGGACUGAACGGGCAAUCAGAGACUGACUCCAGCUUGGGCACCAGGCUUCUUGUGGCCAAACAUUCUCCUUAAUCCCUUUAAUUGGCAGAAAAUAUUUAGAGUUUACAGCUUUCACGCCAUGGCAUCUUGGUAUGAAAGGGCAAAUUGGUAUAUUUUUACUGAUCUCUUCUAGAAAAAAAAUAAAUUAUUGUAAGAAAAUUAUACUGUGCUCUGCUGUUGAACACCUGACAUUACCAGCCUUAUUGCUUACUGGUUUGUCUGUGCACAGAGGGAAAGUGGUGUGUGGGAUUUGUCUUGGAUUACUCUGGAAUCCAGGCGCAACUGACAUCAUCUUGUGCAGUUGAGUUUCUGCUAUCAUCUUUUGUUAAGACAAUUUAGCAAGCUGUAGUUUCAGUAGACUUUCCUAUGGUGUCCUGGCUCCAUUUAUGUCCAUGAACCUAAAUAAACUGUCCUAAUGCAGUGUUUGGCUUUAUCCACAUUUUUGUCAUUUGAAUUUUUUCUUCCGAGUUUUGAAACUUUUAUGUUUAUCCUGGCAAAUUUUUUCUCUAAAAGCAGUUUAACUUAAUGCUUUAAGAAGAUAGUGUUGUGACUUCAAAUUAGAAAUUAUCACAUUGAAUCUUUGUGCAAAAGUUCAUGACCAAAAAAGGAAUAAGAAGAACAUUCUGCUAUGAUACAGUGAGAAUUUAUCUAUUCAUCAUCAAUUUGUCCAUGGGGAAACUGUCCUGAUUGAACUUGUUUUCAGGCUUUAGGUUCUCUGUUAGCCUUUUUGUUGUUCUUACUGUUGGUGCCUUAGGGUUAGAAAGCAUUAGAUUUUUUAAAUUGGUCAUUAGUGAACUUUUUCCUCAUUUUUUCUGGAAAAUAUUUAAUAUCUCAGUAUUAUAGCUGUGCAUUAAAAUAAAAAAGGAUGCCUGGCAUAGUGGCACAGCCUAAUUAAUCCCAGUACUUCAGAGGCAGGGGGAAUCUCUGAGUUCUUUUUAAAAAAAAAUUAAUUAAAAGAAUGAUUAAUAAAAAUUGACUCUCAUGUUUAUUUUACUACAUGUUAAUAAAAAAUGGCUACAAACCAGGCAUGGUUGUACGUGCCAACCCUAUCAAGGCUAAGCUGGAUUUUGGUGGCCAAGCAGGGCUGCGUUCUAUCUGAGCCACAUUCCCAGUCCAAGUGAGUGAAACUCAAAACCUAAAACAAAAAUUGGUUACAUAAAAAUUAGACAUGUAUUAUAACAAAAUUCCAUGAAACUUAACAUAGUUGCUAUGCAUAGUGCCACACUCCCUUUAUCCCCCACUCUUGUAAGGCGGGCGGGCGGGCAGGCAGACUGCUGAGGUAGAAGGAAGGCAGCCCUGGUGUACGCAGACCCUGUCUGCCUGCAUUCAUUUAUUGUGAGGGUCAGCAGCUGUGUGUGGCAGCGCGUUUGAAGAGCUGGUCCUUCCAACAUGAAGGUUGUGGGAUUGUACUAGGGAGCCAUCUUGCUGCUCCUAAGAGGCAUUUCUAAUGAAGUUUAAGGAUUAAGAGAAGGAAAGGCACUUAAGAAAAACAGAGUCAUCUCUUUAAUACUUUGGAAUUCUGAAUCAUGCUAAAAAUAUCUAGUAAAAGUAGCCUUAAAUGUUCUUAAGAUAUUUCAUGGUGUCCAUAAAGCUCCGCAUGUGAUUUUGGUCUUGUUUGGCUUUUUAGUUUUUUUAUGUUAUAUUAUAUUUUAAUGGGUAUUAAAUUAUGUCAUUUUCAUUCA